CCCCGAGAGAUGCGGCGGCCGCUUUUGUUUCGUUUCGCGUUUCAACGAAGUCUCUCGCUUCCGUUCUUACCUUCUCCCGUCUCGCCGCUGAAAGGGUUCAAGUUUAGAGGGGACGUGAACGGAUGACGGAUUGGUGCAAUGAACUCCAAAGUGAGAAAGAAGACAAGAUGUGAAAGUUUGAUUUGGCAUCAUAGAUUGGAACUAAGGGAAGGAUUAACCAGAGAGUGGGUGUCUACUCGUGAGAUCGCAGGAAAUAGAGCCAAGGACAGCUGUCUGACCCCUCAAGCCAACUCUGCCAUGCAGUAAGAUCAUGGCUGCUUUGGUUGUGGUCUUAACUUCACUUUCUUGCCUGCUCCCCCUUACCCUGGACUCCCUGGUCAGUCAAAAAAGAUUGUCCAACUCAGUCUUGGAGUAUAUCAGCCCCCAGUGCUCUCUGGAAUAAAGAAUUCCAAAGACUAAUAACUAUCUGAGAGAAGAAGUCCCUCUUCAUAGUCCUCCUGUUGUUAAACUGUGCCCCCCAAUUCUUGGGUCCCCAUGAGAGUCUCCAACAGCAGGGGAAAGUCAGCCAGAAUAUGUACAACAGCGAUUUAUAGCUUUUCAGGAAGAAGAUUGAGAAGAAUGUUCCAAUUUACAGCAAAUUCGUGCUCUGCUCCUAGCAAUGGACACCUUUUGUGAACUUCUUUUGCAGGAAAUGAGAGCAGGAGGAUUUACAGGUUGUUGCGUUUUAAGGACAGAGAGAGUCACUCCUGUGAUCAGCAGCAGAAUAUGACUGGGUCACUUACGUUAUCAGCAGCUUGACAAUGUGGACAGAGAAAUGUUUGUCUAUUCUGCCUGUGGGAAGAGUGUAUUGAACAUCAGUGUGACUGGAACAGCACUGACACAUACAUCCAUGUGUUCCAGUGAACUGACUGUGGGAAGAGCUUUAACCAGUUACACAGACUGCAAGAACAUUGCACCAUUCACACUGAGGAGUGAAGACAUACGUGUUCUGUGUUUAUGAACCAGGCCUCAAGUGAUUGUCCCACUUGAAGUGACCCAAGGAAACUGGCACCAUGGAGAAACCGUGUAAAUGUGGGGACUGUGGGAAAGGUUUCAACUACCCGUCCCUGCUGGAGAUUCACUGGCGUGGUCACACCGGGGAGAGGCCGUUCACCUGCUCCGUGUGUGGGAAGGGGUUCACUCAGACCUCCCACCUCCUGACCCACCAGCGGGUCCACACUGGGGAGAGGCCAUUCAUCUGCUCAGUGUGCGGGAAGGGCUUCACUCGGCUGUCAAACAUGCUGACCCACCAGUGGAUCCAUUCGGGCAGGCGGCCAUUCACCUGCCCGGUGUGCGGGAAUGGGUUCGCUCAGUCAUCCACCCUGCUGACGCACCAGCGGGUCCACACCCGGGAGAGACCGUUCACAUGCUCCGCGUGCGGGAAGGGCUUCACCAGAUCGGCCAACCUCCUGACCCACCAGCGGCUUCACAGCGGAGACAAGCCCUUCACCUGCCCCACGUGCGGGAGGGGCUUCACCCAGUUGUCCCACCUCCUGACCCACCAGCGCGUUCACACUGGGGAGAGGCCCUUCAGCUGCUUUGUCUGUGGGAAGUGGUUCAAAAGCUCGUCCAAUCUCCUGACCCACCAGCGGGUCCACACGGGGGAGCGGCCGUUCGCUUGCUCCGAGUGCAGGAAGGGAUUCACUCAGCUGUCGCACCUCCUGACGCACCGGCACAUUCACAUGGGCCAGCAGCCGUACGCCUGCUCCGAGUGCGGGAAGGCCUUUGCUGUGUCAACCAGCCUGAGGGCCCAUCGGCAGCUUCACGCCAAUGCCCGUGCGUGCCCAGACUGCGGCAUGAGCUUCCCGCGCGCCAAGGAGCUACUGAACCACUGCCGGACUCAGACCGGGGAGAGGCCGUUCUCCUGCUCGCUGUGCGGCAAGGGCUUCACUCACUCCACGCACCUCCUCACCCACCAGCGGGUCCACACCGGGGAGAGACCCUUCAUUUGCUCAGUGUGCGGCAAGGGCUUCACUCAGUCCUCCAACAUGCUGAGGCACCGUCGGGGUCACCUGACGGUGGGGACACGGUCAUAGAGUAGUCCUCACACCAGAUCGGGGCCCAUCCUCUUUCUGAACACCUUGAGAUAAUACAGCAGCUCACUCAGCGCCACCACUCCAUGCUGAUGUUUGUCCUGCACUCAGACCUCGUCCAGUUUUUUCUCAUUUACAUCCCACCAUCGUAACCCUCUGCCCCUUUGACCUCUAGUGAAAUGCAUCAAAAUUAUUACCUUUGGCCACUUCCUGUGACAGCGAGUUCCACACACUCGCCCUUGUUUGGGUAAAGAGAUUUUGCCUGCAUUCCCUCCAUUAUGUCUUGGUGGUUGUCUCCUGUUGAUCAACUAUCGCAUCUGUUGUUUUUCUUUACUCAGCCCUGCUUGUUGCCUUCUUGAACAACUGUGGUGGGUUUGUCAGGCAUGAUUUCCCUUUCGUGAAGCUAUGUUGACACUGCUUGGUUGUAUUAUGUGUUUCUAAGUGCUGUGCCAUUACAUCCUUUAUAAUAGACUCCAGUACUUUGGGGGAAAGACAGGUUUUAUUAAAAAAAGGCAGAAUCUAGCCAAAGUUGACUGAGAACAGCUACUUCUGAGUAAAUUUACAGGAGAACAGUAGAGGGCAUUCCAAAUAGAAUUGGUGAGAGUAUGGGCCCGACAUCUUCCAUUUGUGAAAUAUGGAAGCAACAAGCCCAGAGAACCCUGGAUAAGAAGGAAAAGAGAAGCUUUUAACAGGAAGUGUAUGAUUAAGUUGGAGAGGGUUCGGAAAAGACUUAUCAGGAUGUCGCCUGGAACGGACGGUUUGAGAUGUAAAAAUAGACAGGGAAGCCUGUUACCUUUUUUCACUGGAGCAUAGGAGUUUGAAGGGUGACUUUAUAGAGGUAUGUAAAAUCAUGAGGGCUAUAGAUAAGGUGAAUAGCAAAAGUCUUUUCCCUGAGUGACCUCUUUACACAGAGAGUGGUUAGUGUGUGGAAUGAACUUCUGGAGGAAGUGGUGGAUUCCGCUACAGUUAUAACGUUUAAAAGACAUUUAGAUAAGUACAUGGAUAAGAAAUGUUUGGAGGGAUAUAGACCAAAUGCAGGCAGGUGGGACCAGUUUAGUUUGGGAACAUGGUUGGCAUGGACUACUUGGACCUAAGGGUCUGUUUCCAUGCUGGAUGGCUGUGUAACUGCUCCCUUUGGAAGAGCAUCAGGCCUAAAUGACCUAACUGUAACUUUAGACUGUGACUUCUGAUUCUGGGCUCCACAGUCAUUGGGAUUCCUGCAUUUAUCCUGUCUAGUCCUGAUAGGAAUUUAUAGGUUUCUACAAAAACAUUUUCUCUGUUUCCAAAGAUUCUCAUAAUGUCAACACCUCUUAUUUGAAUCCGAGAGUGUGGGGCUGGUUUAUAUCAGAUAGAAGGAGAUUGGUGACUCUGAUUCUGUCUCCACAUCAACAUGCUAGAAUCAUAGAAUCACUAUCAUGCAGAAAGAGGCCGUUUGGCCCAUUAAGUCUGCAUCAACCCUCUGAAGAGCAUCCGUCCCAAACCCACCCCUCUCCCUAUCCCUAUAGCCUUGCAUUUCCUGUGGCUAAUCCACCGAGCCUGCACAUCCCUAGACACAAUGGACAAUUUAGCAUAGGCAGUCCUCCUAACCCGCACAUCUGUAGGCUGUGGGAGGAAACCGGAGCGCACGGAUGAAACCCGCACAGACGCGGGGAGAAUGUGCAAACUCCACACAGACAGUCAUUUUGAGGGUGGAAUUGAACCUGGGUCCCUGGUUCUGUGAGGCAGCACUGCUAACCACUGAGCCACCAUGCUGCUGUCAGAUGUGUUUUGUUAUUAUUUUCUAAGUAUCAUUUCGUAAUGGGGAUGUCGCUGGCUGGGCCCGCAUUUAUUGCCCAUCCUCAAUUUCCUUUUAGAUGAUGAUGGUGGUGACAGCUGAGUGUUCUGCUGUAUCAGUGCUGUGUAGAUUGGAGAGUCACUCUCAUUGCUGUGGGUUUGGAGUCGCACACAUGCUGGUUAGACUGGGUAAGGAUUCCUUCUCCAUGGAACCAGAGAGGUUUUUUUUAAUGAUAAUCUAGGGAUGACGUGGGCAGCUUUUAAAGGUACGUGUCCUGAAGUUAAAUUCCAGAUUUAUUAAAUUAAAACAAAGGUCUUCCCUGCCUUACCCAAGCUGCUGUGUUUGGAUUUGAACUGACAUCUCUGGUUCCUUAGCUCUGUUGACAGUAACAUAACUGCUCUGUGCUCCUCCUUCAUGGGAAGGCCAGCGGUGCUUUUAUGCCGAGGGUGACAUUUUGACAUCUGAGCCAAACGCCAGCAGUUUGUCAAAAGUUCAAUGUGAAAAGCUCCCAGGGACUGCGGAUCGUGAAGGUGUGCACAAUACAUGCAGUGAUCUCAGUCCCCAAGGCGUCUCUGGUCACCUCCUGAUCUCACCUGAAAUGUCCGAUUUCACACCAUCUUGCUGGACGUUGCACUGGUUUUUUUCUCUUUCCCACAACACUGCUACGAUUUCUCACCCCCACCCUGGCACCCAAAUUAGGAAAAGAUUUAAAACAUUGAUCUCUGUCAUGAUUUCCCUGCUCCCAGGGCUAACUGGUUGGUGUUCAGGGUGUGUUGUUCUGAUUAAUCCUAGAUAAAUGGUGAUCAGAAUCUUUUAGAAGCCUGUAUCCUGGCCUCUGUACGGAAUCACACUGUUAAUCUUCUGCAGAGCUCCAAGUUUGGAAUUUCAACUCCUCAAUAAAGAAGUGAAAGCAAACGCAGAAAUAGAUUGAUUUGACUUUCUCUCUGGCUCCUGAGACAUUAGAAACACCGAGCUUCAGGUCCCAGAGUCUGAUCAAGCCACUGUGUCCUUCUGGCCAUUCUGUUUUUAUUCCUGAACCCUUUGAAAGGUUUCUGUUCUUACCCCAACAUCCUCUCACCCAAAACCCCAAAAUAUUUGCAGUCGGAUAUUCCAUGUCCCAACCCUCUGCAUCCCCUCCUUGUCCCUUUGACGUUGAUCAGAGUCUGAAAGGAGAGGAACGUGCCUUUAUACUUUUCAUCCUUCACACAUUGGGAUAAAUGCGAAAUUGCCAAAUUUCAAAUGGUCAGAACAGUUUGUACACCAGGAGAAGAAAGUAGCAAAUGUAACUUCAUUACUUAGGAAGGGAGAAGUGUGUGGAGAACUACAGAACUGUCAGUUUCAUGUCAAUAGUAAGGAAAAUGCUGAAAUAUAUUAGUAACAAUGUGAUAGGGGAGGCAAUGGCCUAGUGGUAUUACCACUGGACUGUUAAUCCAGAGACGCAGAUAAUGUUCUGAGGACCUGAGUUCGAAUCCCGCCAUGGCAGAUGGUGGAAUUUGAAUAUCUGGAAUUAACAGUCUAAUGAUGGCCAUGAAUCCAUUGUCAAUUGUUGGAAAAUACCCAUCUGAUUCCCUAACGUCCUUUAGGGAAGGAAACUGCCAUCCUUACCUGAUCUGUGCCUACAUGUGACUCCAGACCCACAGCAAUGUAGUUGACUCUGAACUGCCCUCUGGGCAAUUAGGGAUGGGCAAUAAAUGCUGCCUGACCAGCGACGCCCUCAUCCCGUGAAUGAAUAAAGGAAAAAAAAUAACCACAUGCUUAGAAAAGAAAGGUCAAAGUGGAUGGGGUCAGCAUGGAUUCACAAAAUGGAAACCAUGUUUGACAAAAAGGUCAGUGAUUUUUUAUCAAAAUUAAGAGCAAAUGUAGGCCAUUUGGCCCUUUGAGCCUGCACCACCAUUCAAUAUGAUCAUGACUGAUCCUCGAGCUCAUUCCCCAUAAUGUCCUUAAAAUCUAAAAAAAAUCUGUUUCUUGAGUAUUUGGCCUGCACAGCUUAUCAUGGUAGAAAAUUCCACAGGUUUACUACCCUGCUUUGAAUGAAGAUAUUAUUUCUCAUCUCAGUCCUAAAUGGGAAGCCACAACGGAAUUGUUGGAAAAGCUCAGCAGGUCUGGCAGCAUCUGUGGAGAGAAAUCAGGGUUAAUGUUUUGAGUCGAGUGACCUUUCUUCAGAACUGAUGGUAGCUAGAAAUAUGUUGGUUUAAAUACAGAAGACAGGGUGGGGAAAGGGGGGUAAGGAGUAAAUGAUAAGUGGGGAUAGAGUCCAAAGAGAGAGAAGAACAGUUGGACAAACAAAGGAGUGGAUAAUGAUCUGGCUAGGAGGGUGAAUAGCUAUUAAUGGGGACUGUUAGUGGCUAACAAUGGGUUGUGUGUGAUAGCAGACUGUGUGAUAACAAGGCCUGGUGUGUGGGGGGUUAGGAUGAGGACAUGGGAGAGCUCAAGCCCUAAAGUUAUUGAACUUGAUAUUGAGCCCAGAAGGUUGCAGGGUCCCCAAGCGAAAAAUGAGGUUCUGAAUGAUCCUAAAUGUUCUGCCCUGUAUCCUGAGAAUGUGUGCCCUUGAUUCUUGACUGUCCAACUAGGGGAAACAUGCUCCCUGUUGGAGUUUUGUAAUUUUCCAUCUCAUCCUUCUACAGUUGAGUGAUUACAGGCCCAAUUGAACCAAUCCCUCCUCAUAGGACAGUCCUGCCAUUCCAGAUAUCAGCCUCGUGACCUCCACUGUCCUCCCUUGAUGGUAAAUGUGUCCUUCUGUUGUGGGCACAUCUCCACAAAUUACCCUUAAUUCGGCUAUUAAUUAAGAAAUCUCACAAUCAAGUACCGAAACAAUGAUUUAAACUUUAUUGCAUGCAGGAAUGAAAUUAAGACCCUUCACGUAAGCAAAGUUAAGCCUCACAACCCAAUUUGGCUAUUACCCGAUUAAUGGUGGAAUCUGACUAGGAUCCCACCAACAGUGGUCUGUCUCUGGAAGUGUCCAGGUUUCAAUCCUUGUGCAAAGUUCAUCUUUGGAGCACUGAUAGGGAGGAGUUCUGGUGUUCAAUUCUGAUACAGACUUUUGUCCUUUGAUCUUUGUGUGAUAGUACUGAUGAUUUUCCCAAAGUCCUUUCAUCCAAAUUACUGCAAGUCUCAGUUGCCUUCAGAAGUAGUCUCUUUAUUCCUUGUUGUAUUUGGCAUUGACUGUCUGUCUGAAGAGACAGCUUUCCUGUGAUAAACUUUCUGAAAUUCUUCUGCAGGGCAAUCCUUGUCCUUUGUGGCAAUAAAGCAUCCAGUUUAUCGAGCACAAUAGAUCAAUGGGUCAAGCAGUGGCAGGUGGAGUUAAAUUUAGAUAAAUGUGAAAUGCUGCAUUUUGGAAAGCCAAAUCAGGGCAGGAUUUAUACUUAUAUGAUUUUCUGAAGAAGGGUCUAGGGCUGAAACGUCAGUUUUCCUGCUCCUCUGAUGCUGCUUGGCCUGCUGUGUUCAUCCAGCUCUACACCUUGUUAUCUCAGAACUUAUACCCUUAAUGGUAAGGUCCUGGGGAGUGUUGCUGAACGAAGAGACCUUGACGUGCAGGUUCAUAGUUUGGUAUGCUUGUCUUUAUUGGUCAGUGCAUUGAGUAUAGGAGUUGGGAGGUCAUGUUGCGUCUGUACAGGACUUUAGUUCAGCCACUUUUGGAGUACUGUGUGUAAUUCUGGUCUCCCUGCUAUAGGAGGGAUGUUGUGAAACUAGAAAGGGCUCAGAAAAGAUUUAUGAGGAUGUUGCCAGGGUUGGAGGGUUUGAGCUAUAGGGAGAGGCUGAAUAGGGCUGGGGCUAUUUUCCCUGGAGCGUGGCAGGCUGAGGGGUGACCUUAUUGAGGUUUAUAAAAUCACGAGGGGCAUGGAUAGGGUGAAUAGCCAAGGUCGUCUUCCCAGGGUAGGGGAGUUCAAACCUAGAGGUUAUAGGUUUAAGGUGAGAGGGGAAAAAUUUGGAAGGGAUCUAAGGGAGGACUUUUUCCACACAGAGGGCGGUGCGUGUAUGGAAUGAGCUGCCAGGGAAGUGGGGGAGGCUGGUACAAUGAGAACAUUUAAUGGCAUCUGGAUGGGUACAUGAAUAGGAAGGGUUUAGAGGGAUACGGGCCAAAUGCUGGCAAAUGGGACCAGAGUAGUUUAGGAUAUCUGGUUGGCACAGACGUGUUGGACUGAAGGGCCCAUUUCCAUGUUGUACAUCUCUAUGAGCGGGUGUCAAAGCAGUUUUGUUUAUAUCGUUUUACCUCCCUCUUUUCCCUAAUUGCUUUCAAUUCCUGUGUAAGUUUGUCCUUUUCUUUAUUAAUUUAUUCCAAUCAGAGUUAUUCCUGCUUCUUUCUUCAUUUAAUGGUUUAUCUUCUGUUGAUUCACUUAAUCCAUAUAUUAAAGUUCUGAAGUCGAGAAUAUCACACUCCCUCCUCUUUGUUCAUUACUUUUAAUAUGAUGAACAAACACUAGUAGUUGGACAUUUCCCCCUGUAUCGGUUUAUAUCCCAGCUGAGUUGCUAUGCCAUGCACUCUUUAAAAAUGUACCAUUCCAUUAUGUGGUACAGAUAUAUGCAAAUUAAUCAAUAAAUGAAGUACAGAAUGAUGAUCAGGAAAUAAAUCACAAGAGUAAUAAAAAUGCAUGAAGAAAUAAACAUGGACAAAACAAAAAUACAGGAAUAACCAUGCAUUAUGCUUCACCCAUUGCAGCUUUUAACGUGCCUUAACAACUACCAGCAAUGCAAUAAUAUGAACCCAUGUGGUUGGCUGUAUAUGACUUCCCUGAUUCUAGACGUCAUCCCAUCAAGAAUGUCCCUUAAUGUUUGUCCCUAAUGUAUAAUCUAUCUGCCUUUCUCAAAGUCCCUUUCAUGUCUUCCAAAUGUUCCCUUUGCAGGGCAAUAUAGACCUCAUAUUUUUGUCAAUGACACAUAACCAUUUCUGCAGCUGAGUCAGUCACAUCAAAAGUCACAGAUUUUCUUCUGACAUAAAACAAUUCCAUUGUUGCUUUGUGCAUGGGCAUUUGAGGGUGAAUGCAAGCUACUGCAUCAGUAAUGGGACAAGAUAUUCUUUUGAAGAUGCUGUGAUACAGUAUUGUCCUUCACCUGCAUAUCCAACUCUGAUUACAUUGUCUCAAGUGCUACUUGAAAUUUUGAGAGUACAGUCAACUUUCAUUCCUGCUGGACUCAAAACCGCAUAUAGCUUUUCCAGUUUUAUAAGUGGGAUAGGGACGAACAGUAGCUUUAUCAGUCUUGGCAUUCCUUAAGUGCUGUCCCUGCAAGUCUACCCCUUUUUCUACUGCAUAAGGUAGAACCUCCUUAACUCUCGUACAGAGAUGUUACUUAAGGUUCCUGUGUCAUCAGCUAAGUUCCUUAAUUUAGUGUUGUCAACCCGUGUGGGAACUACUCCCUUUAUCAUUUAAUUUAUAGUUUGUGUACUGAUCCAAUAUUCA